GAGCUGGUUGAUGUAGCUGUCAUGUCGUUAUUUUCAACUAAUAGUCUUAAUUUUGGUACAUCGUUGCCUUCGGUCGAUUGUAAAGUUUAUUUUACACCCCCUAAUGGAGAAGAAGAAAUUCGUUGUAUUCAACUAAACGGUUUUUCCCGUUGCGAUUUUGUUCAUCUUAGAUUUAGAAUCAUUGACCUUUUUCCAAUUUUGAGAGACCACGAUUUUGUAUUGCAUUGGAAAGAUGAAGAAGGCGACAAAAUCAAAAUUAGUUCAAAUGAAGAUCUUUUAAUUCUUUUAAAUCGAGGUAGCUUUCGUGCGAAGAAGAUAUAUGUUACAUUAACAGAACAGAAAGGUUAUCCUUCGAUCAACAUACUGAAUAGUGGGCCUGUUGUACAUAAUGGAGUGACUUGCGAUGGGUGCCAACAGAAUCCCUUACAGGGCUAUAGGUACAAGUGCAUAGUGUGCCCUGAUUUUGAUUUAUGCAUCAAUUGUGAAAAAUCAGAGAAAAUUCACUCCCAUCAUCCCAUGAUAAGGUUUCCUGUGCCGUUGACAAGUGAAACAUUUUUCAGCAAUGAAUAUGAAAGUAUAAGAAAUAAUGUAAAUGGCAUCUUACAAAUGUUUACUUGAAAAAUGCUGAGAUAGAAUGGGGAAAGAAAAUGUGCAAGAUUUGUAACAACAUAAUGAAGUCAAGAAUAUCAAGUUCCAGGGAUUGAUUUUGGAAUUUCUAAGUAAAAAAAUAUAAAAUAAAAUGGUUUUACAAUCUUUAUUUACUUCUAAUGUAUUAUUAUAUGGUUUCAAUAAAUUUUUAUUUUUUA